CUCUCCCCGCAAACACACAAGCACAAACAAAACAAAACAAAACAAAACAACGAACAUCCAAAUGAGAGCGCGCACGGCCGCGCUCCCGCUCCUCCCGGUGCUCCUUCUCCUACUCCAAGGGCCGGCCGCCAUCGGAGGAGACUUCGGCGGCGAUUACUCGAAGCUCUCUGGCAUCAUAAUCCCGGGCUACGCCUCCACGCAGCUCCGCGCCUGGUCCGUCCUCGACUGUCCCUACUCGCCGCUCGACUUCAACCCCCUCGACUUGGUCUGGCUCGACACCACCAAACUUCUUUCUGCGGUCAACUGCUGGAUUAAGUGCAUGUGGCUAGAUCCUCACAAUCAAACAGAUCAUCCAGAAUGCAAGUCUCGGCCAGAUGGCGGUCUUUCUGCGAUCACUGAACUUGAUCCGGGUUAUAUAACGGGUCCUCUCUCUUCAGUAUGGAAAGAGUGGAUUAAGUGGUGUAUUGAGUUUGGUAUAGAGGCCAAUGCUAUCAUUGCUGUCCCAUAUGAUUGGAGAUUGUCACCAUCAAUGCUUGAGGAGCGAGACCUUUACUUCCACAAGCUAAAAUUGACUUUUGAAACUGCCCUUAAGCUUCAUGGAGGUCCCUCAAUUGUCUUUGCCCAUUCAUUGGGCAAUCAGGUGUUUCGUUAUUUUUUGGAGUGGUUAAAGCUAGAAAUUGCUCCAAAACAUUAUAUCCAGUGGUUGGAUCAACAUAUUCAUGCCUAUUUUGCUGUUGGAUCUCCUCUUCUUGGUUCAGCUCAGACAGUGAAAGCAACACUUUCUGGAGAUACAUAUGGUCUUCCUAUUUCUGAGGGGACAGCUCGAUUGUUGGUCAAUUCAUUUGCUUCUACAUUAUGGAUGUUGCCCUUUUCAAAGUAUUGUAGGGCAGAUAAUGCAUAUUCGAAGCAUUUCUCCGGGCGGAGUAGGCAUGGUUAUCACAAAUAUCACUGUGAAGAUCAGGAAUUUCGGUCAAACUUCUCUGGGUUUCCAACAAAUAUAAUCAAUAUCGAAAUUCCUUCAACCCAUGCAGGAUUUGAUGCCUAUCCAUCAGUUGCAGAAGUAGCUGAGGCCAACUUGUCUAAUGCUGAAUGUGGGUUGCCUACUCAGUUAUCCUUCUCUGCUCGUGAAAUCGCAGAUGGGACCUUUUUCAAAGCAAUAGAGGAUUAUGAUCCGGAUAGCGAGAGGGUCUUGUACCAAUUACAGAAGUCAUAUCACGAUGAUCCCAUUUUCAAUCCGCUUACACCUUGGGACAGACCACCUAUAAAAAAUAUCUUUUGUAUUUAUGGAAUAGAUAUGAAGACUGAGGUUGGCUAUUAUUUUGCACCGAGUGGCAAGCCUUACCCUGAUAAUUGGAUCAUCACUGAUGUGAUUUUUGAGCUUGAAGGAUCUCUGUUCUCAAGGUCAGGGGAUCUGGUUGACGGGAAUCCAGGUGCUGCAAGUGGUGAUGAAACGGUACCAUACCAUUCCCUCUCUUCGUGCAAGAAUUGGCUUGGAUCACAAGUGAACAUUACAAGGGCUCCUCAGUCAGAGCAUGAUGGGUCCGAUAUACAAGUGGAAUUUAAUGUAGAACAUCAUCAAGGAGAAGAUAUCGUCCCCAAUAUGACAAGGUCACCUAGGGUUAAAUACAUAACCUAUUAUGAAGAUUCUGAAAGUAUUACUGGAAAGAGGACAGCAGUGUGGGAGAUUGAUAAAGCAAAUCACAGGAACAUUGUUAGAUCCCCAGUUCUAAUGAGGGAGGUGUGGCUCCAGAUGUGGCAUGAUAUCCAUUCUGACGCUCAAUCCAAUUUUGUUACAAAAGCUAAGCGCGGACCUUUCAGGAAUGAGGACUGUUAUUGGGAUUAUGGGAAAGCUCGGUGUGCAUUGGCUGAGUACUGUGAAUAUAGGUAUCUUUUUGGGGAUGUUCACCUAGGGCAGAGCUGUAGGUUGAAGAACUCUUCAGUUGAUCUGUUAUUGCAUUAUCUAUAGAUUAGAAAGGUCCUGGCUGUGGCGCAUACUUCGCACAUAUGAGAGGUCAAGCCUCUUGUAAAUCAAAAUUCACCUGGCCCGAUGCUCCGGUAUCUUGCCACCUGUAGGUAAUGUUCUUCGAGUAGCUUCUUGUGAGCUGUCUUCGUGGGCCAAAACAGCAGGAAAGCCAAAUCUUGUUCUUAAAGGAGAGUCAUUAAUUUAACACAGUUUAGAUGUAAUAUGUAGUAUUGAAGGGUAUACAGUCUUUACCUAGAGCAGUGAUGGCAUUCUAUGAAGUAUACAGUCAUGCUAUGAAAGAUCUCUUGCAGGGCUGAUCAAUUAGAAUAGGUAUAAAGAAGUGACAAAUUGGAAAAGAAUAGUGGAAGUUUGUUUAGAUUUUUGUAGUUGUAUUUUUAUAUCAUUUACUCGAUAGUGAGGAAUAAUUAUUCAGAUUUUUUGCAAUUUGGUUAUA